UUGUUGUCAUCAUACCAUGGCAGACAUGGGCUAUCUCCACAAUGAAUCGUGGACAAACAUGACUUUAGAUGCAUCUGCCUCAUCGUUCAGUGGACUGCAGCUCCUGAUGGACCUGAAGCCACUCUUCAUCCCUCUGUAUGCAAUGCUCGUCCUGGUUGCGUGCUCUGGAAAUCUCCUCCUUCUCAUCCUUAUUGGAAUGAACAAGAAACUUCACAGCACUACAAACUUCCUCAUCGGAAACCUGGCCCUGGUUGACCUGGUUAUGUGCCUGUUCUGUGUUCCCCUGACUGCGUUUUAUGCCUUUGAUGAGCGCGGUUGGGUUUUUGGCCAGUUCAUGUGUCAUUUUGUUACCCUGAUGCAGACCGCAACUGUAUUUGCGGCAGUUCUUUCAUUAACCGCCAUUGCGGUGGACCGAUACGUGGUGGUUGCAUACCCGAUUCGCCGUCGCGGAGGUCGAUCCUUCUGCACAUGGUUGGUGGUCAGCAUAUGGCUCUGUGCGUUAGCAAUGUCCACCCCAAGUGCUCUGCACACGGUCUACCUGGAUCUGAGCGCAACAGGACAUGAAAUGGUGGUUUGUGAGGAGUUCUGGCAGGGUCAGGAGCUCAAUCGUCUAAUAUAUUCAUGUUUCUUCUUGCUCCUUUCUUAUUUUGUUCCUCUAGCAGCAGUUUCGAUAUCCUACUGUGCAAUCUCCUGCCACCUGCAACACAGAGCUACGCCUCGGCUAAUGGCUCCUACACCUUCCAACCAGGAAAAGUGGGGGCGCAAGAGGCGCAAGACGUUUCGACUCUUACUGGUGUCUGUUCUGUCAUUCGCAUUCUCCUGGCUUCCAUUGCAGGUGGUCAACCUCAUACGCGACCUCGACACUGACUUCGCCAUCCUGAGCAAGAAUCACAUCAAUGUGAUCCAGGUGUCGUGCCACUUGUUAGCCAUGAGCUCGGCCUGCUACAACCCUUUCAUUUAUGCUUCUCUGCACAACAAGUUUCUGUCAUAUCUUUGCCAGAACAUAUUUCAAAGAAAACCUCAUCAUUCUCAAAGCAGCCUCACAACCUCCAGCCGAAUACUUCGCUUGAAUACUUCUAGUACUCUAGCUGACAUUCCCAUGGCUAUUUGCAAGAUUUCACAAGAUUGAAUCUUCUCUCCAACACAAAAAUGUUGCUUCUUUAGGUUCUAGAACUGUGCAGAUAAAUACUGUACCAUAAACAAAAUUGAUUCAUUAAACCAAUG